UAAGUUAUUUACUGUUUUCUUCUUAUUAUUUUAAUCAUCUAUUAAUCGCCAUUUCUCUUCUUUAGUAUUUAUGUUCGUAAAUCGUUUCGUUUUGGCUUGUCCUGUUCCUGUGUUCAACCAAGAAAACUAUACUUUCAGAACAAAGAAUUCGAACAAAACCCAAAAAUAAAAACAGAAAAAAUAACAGUAAUAAAAGUAGAGGAUUGAGGUCUUCCGGACAAGCUUCCUCUUAAUGUCGAAGACCUAGGAUCGAUGUUCUUUCCUUUUUUAGCAUUUUUCGAUGGAAUUUCUUAAAUUUCCAUUUCUGGGACUGCAUUUUCUGAACAAGUUGUUUAUCCAUUUCAACUCUAUUUGAGGGAAAAUUAACUGCAUUAUAUAUUGGGGCACGUUUUCAGUUUCAAUCAGUUCCGCGUCACUUUUACUUUCUUCAAACAAUUCCAAAGGUUGAACUCAAAAUAUGGAUCGUCGCAAGUGCACUACUUCUGCUGGUGCACCUUUUAAUUUUUCAAAUAAGAUGUAUGAGAAGGCUCAAUUGGAAAAAGAACAGCAACCUAAUGAUAAUGUUGAUGUGACUGGACUUGAUAUAGACCUGAGAGAAGUAUACUUUUUGGUUAUGCACUUUCUGUCUGCUGGACCAUUCCAGAGGACUUUGGCACAAUUCUCAAAUGAACUUAUGGAGCAUCGGCUUUUGCCUAGAAGAUAUCAUGCUUGGUUUUCGAGGAAUGGUGUUUAUAGUGAGGAUGACAACGAUGAUGGUAUCUCUUACCCGUUGAGUUACGCUAAGUUGGAGGAGAGGUAUCCUCACGUAGAGAAGGACCACUUGGUGAAGCUUCUGAAGCAAUUGAUAGUGAGUGCAGCCCCAUCAUUGCAUGGAAAGAUUGUACAAAGUGCUCCAUAUGCAGCAAUUCAUACCCCUACAUUAUUGGGAACUGGUUCUUUUUCGCUUGUAGAUUCUCAUGUUUUUGCAGGCAACAAAGGUAAGGAAAAUAAGCAAGUUAAGCCUGCAGCUUACUUGCAUUGGCCUCACAUGCAGGCCGAUCAAGUUCAUGGGCUUGCUUUGAGGGAAAUAGGAGGUGGUUUUACAAAGCACCAUCGUGCUCCAUCCGUUCGUGCUGCAUGUUAUGCCAUAGCUAAACCAUCAACAAUGGUGCAGAAGAUGGAGACUAUAAAACAGAUAAGAGGGCAUCGUGAUGCUGUCUAUUGUGCCAUAUUUGAUCGUUCAGGGAGGUAUGUUAUUACCGGAUCAGACGAUCGUCUUGUCAAGAUCUGGUCAAUGGAAACUGCACUCUGUCUGGCCAGCUGCCGAGGACAUGAAGGUGACAUCACUGACCUGGCUGUAAGUUCAAACAAUUGUUUGGUGGCAUCUUCUUCAAAUGACUUUGUCAUUCGAGUUUGGCGCUUGCCAGAUGGAUAUCCAAUUUCAGUCUUACAGGGGCAUACUGGAGCUGUUACUGCUAUUGCAUUUAGUCCCAGACCUACUGCUGUAUACCAGCUUUUAUCAUCAUCAGACGAUGGAACUUGUCGAAUUUGGGAUGCUAGGUAUUCUCAGUGUAACCCACGGAUAUACUUACCAAAACCUUCUGACAAUUUAACUGGGAAGAACAAUGGUCCAUCAAAUGAUGCACCCUCAUCAAGUAAUGUUCCUCAGAGCCAUCAAAUACUUUGUUGUGCUUACAAUGCAAAUGGAACUGUUUUUGUCACCGGUAGCUCUGACACUUUUGCAAGGGUUUGGAGUGCUUUGAAAUCUAAUGCAGAUGAAUCAGAACAACCAAUACAUGAGAUGGAUGUAUUGAUUGGCCAUGAGAAUGAUGUCAAUUAUGUGCAAUUCAGUGGGUGUGCUGUGGCUUCAAAAUCUUCAUUGUUUGACUCUUCGAAGGAUGAGAAUAUUCCAAAGUUCAAGAAUUCCUGGUUUUGUCAUGACAACAUUGUUACCUGCUCUCGUGAUGGGAGUGCAAUUAUUUGGGGUCCAAUGUCACGUAGAUCACGUGGGAAAGUUGGACGUUGGAAACGUGCAUAUCAUCUGAAGGUUCCGCCUCCUCCACUGCCUCCUCAACCUCCAAGAGGAGGUCCGCGCCAGAGAUUUCUUCCUACCCCACGUGGUGUAAAUAUGAUUGUGUGGAGCCUGGAUAACCGCUUUGUGCUUGCAGCUAUAAUGGAUUGUAGAAUCUGUGUUUGGAAUGCUGUUGAUGGUAGCUUAGUACAUUCUUUGACUGGUCACACUGCAUCUUCUUACGUUUUAGAUGUUCAUCCUUUCAAUCCUCGGAUAGCUAUGAGUGCUGGGUAUGAUGGACGAAUAAUAGUGUGGGAUAUCUGGGAGGGCACACCUAUUCGCAUAUAUCCUAUUGGGAAUAAGUUGGUUGAUGGAAAAUUUUCUGCGGAUGGGACAUCAAUUGUAGUUUCAGAUGAUGUUGGGCGAAUAUAUUUCAUAAACACAGGUCAAGGCGAGUCACAAAAGGAUGCUAAAGAUGAUCAGUUCUUUCUUGGGGAUUAUCGUCCUGUUGUACGGGAUGCUUCUGGCAAUAUUCUUGAUCAGGAGACACAAUUGCCUGCUUUUCGAAGGAACAUUCAAGAUCUCCUUUGUGAUUCAAGUAUGAUGCCAUAUCCUGAACCUUAUCAGAGUAUGUAUCAGCGGCGUCGGCUUGGAGCACUAGGCAUUGAGUGGCAGCCAUCAACCAUAAAAUUUGCUGUAGGGCUGGAUGUCAGUUUAGGCCUGAUGCCUCCUUUGGCUGAUUUAGAGAGAAUGAUUGAGCCACUGCCAGAGUUCAUCGAUGCUAUGUUUUGGGAGCCUGAAAACGAAGCUAUAAUUGAAGAUAGUGACUCUGAAUACCAUGUUACUGAGGAAAAUUCCAGCGAAGGUGAGAAGAGAAGUAUUAGUGCCUUCUCUUCUAGUGAUACAGAGUGCAGUGCAGAGGACAGUGAAGCUGGAUUCAGCCAUAAAGAUGGCCUCCGCAGAUCAAGAAGAAAAACACACAAGAUUAAACAUGAGAUGGUGACUUCUUCUGGGAGGCGUAUCAAGAAAAGGAUUUUGGAUGAACCUGAUGGCACUGUAUCUGGGAGUACCAAAAGUAAGAAAGCAAAAACUGGCCAUAAAGUUUUGAAGAGAAAGUCUAAAAAGGCAAAGAUGUCGAGACCCCAGCGAGUUGCAGCACGCAAUGCUCGAAGUAUGCUUUCUCAAUUUACUGGAACUUCUACAGAUGGAGGAGAUGAAGAUGAAGAUGAAGAUGACUCAGAAUAUGAUUCAUCAGAGAACGAGUCAGUGCAGCAAGAUUUAAAUAUUCAAAGCAAUGAGUCUGAUAUGAGCUUGCAAAACAUGUGCCAAAGCCAGACUAGAAAUGAAGAACUGUCUUUACAUGAGUCCAAGGAUGUGGCCAAGCUGCCACUUUCUGUUACUCAAUCCAAUGUUGGAAACAAACUGAAAUUGGUCCUUAAGCUUCCACGCCGUGAUUCUAAGAAGCAAGAGCCUCUAGAGGACACAAAAACGGAAUGUGAUAGUCAAGCUGAUUUCUUGAAUCCAAUUUCUCAAACUACUGCUAAAGAAAAGAGGAUUGAUGGAAGCUUGUCAAGUUCACCCUCAUUGUUUGCAGAUGUGAGUGAUGUGGAGCUGUCUGAAUACCACAACAGAACUGAAUUGACUGAUGCAGUGCCACCUGAAAAUGUUGUGGAUCAUAUGGAGGCAUCUGCUGGUAAGAUGGAGAAUAAAAUUAGAUGGGGAGAGGUCAAAAUGCGCACAUCCAAGCGUUCAAGAUUAGGAGAUUGCAUAUCAGUAGAUGAAGAGUUUUCCCACCCUGACCAGCACAAUCCUCGGAGUGAGCACAAACAGAAAUACAGUGUCUCUGUAUCUGCAUCCUCUUUUAAUGGAAAUCUCGACAAGGUGUUUAUGGGUCAGGCUGCACCUGAGGAAAGCAUAGAGGAAUCAGUGGUAAAAGAUGAAGCUUCCUGCAUGAAGCACUCAAAUGCAGUGAAUGAAGAUACCCCCCUUAAUUCGACAAAGCUCUAUAGGACAAAACUGAUUCUAAAGGAUCCCGGAAAUCCAUCAAAAUUAAAAUUUGUUUCUGCUGUGGAAGAUAUGACAAAUCCUGUAGAUGACAUGAAGCCUGAAAACCUUCCAUGCAUGGAGCAUGAUGCAGCUCUGGAACAGCCAGUAGUAGUUGGGGAUACUGGCAGAUCAAGUUCUCUGCAGUUGUUAUAUAAGGCUAGGACUGAUUCAGAAGGUCUUGAUGGUGAUUCAAUAGACCUCCAUGAUUCAGGUAAUAAUUUCCAUGUAGCUGCAUCUGAUGCAAUUCCUAGAACAAGAUCCUUAAAGAUGAAAGCAACUUCUCGGGAGUCAAAGGCAGUGAACCAUAGGAAAAACUAUCAAACAGCAGGGACAUCAAAAGAUGCAGAAGCGUUCUCAGCGAAAAUGCAUGAUCAGCUUCCUCAAAGGUCAAGGUCUUCAAGAAAUCACCAGGGUUCUCGUAAUACGAACAUCCAUAGAUCAUCAGCUCAAAGGAUGUCAAAUCAUCCUACGAAAAAAUUAUCAUGGCUAAUGUUAUCAGAGCACGAGGAUGGUUAUCGUUAUGUUCCUCAGCUUGGUGAUGAAGUUGUAUAUAUGAGACAGGGUCAUCAAGAAUACAUAGAACUAAGCAGGGUUGGUAAAGGUCCAUGGAGAUCAGUUAAGGGAGACAUCGGUGCUGUGGAAAUUUGCAAAGUUGAAGGCCUAGCAUAUAAAUAUAUGCCUUACGGGGACAGCUGCUGUGAAGUAACACUUAAAUUUGUUGAUCCUUCUUCCAAUGUGUUUGGUAAAACAUUCAAAUUGACUCUUCCUGAGCUUAAUGAUUUCCCUGAUUUUGUUGUUGAGAAAACAUGGUACGAUGCUGCUGUUAUGAGAAACUGGACACGUAGGGACAAAUGCCUGGUUUGGUGGAAGAAUGAAGGUGGUGAUGGUGGUAAUUGGUGGGAAGGUCGAAUAGUUUCUUCUCAGGCCAAAUCACCUGACUUUCCUGACAGCCCCUGGUUAAGAUAUGUUGUUCAGUACAGGGAUGAGUCUGGCACACAUGAACAUUGUCCUUGGGAACUGCAUGAUCCUGACACACCAUAUGAGCGGCCCCAUAUUGAUUCUGAAAUCAGAGAUAAGCUGCUAUAUUAUUUUUCUAAAGUAGAGGAUAAGGAAUAUCAUGUUAUCCAGCAAAUGAACGAAGUUGUUGAGAAGGAUGAUUUCUGCAACAGGUUUCAAGUUCAUUUGUAUCCUGAACUAAUCAAGGCAAGGCUAGAGAAAGACUAUUAUAGGAAUGUGGAAGCUGCGAAGCAUGAUAUUAUGGUGAUGCUCGACAAUGCCCAGUCCUACUUUCUAAGAAAAGAAUUAGCAACCAAGCUUGCGCAUUUGCACAAUUGGUUUACAAAGAAGUUGAAUAGGUUGUAGAGACUACCAAAUGAGUUUGGUAAAGAAAUUAUUACCCAGGAUUUCCUUUCUUGUAAUGUCUGGUUUUGAAAAAGAGUCGGGAUGGAAAUCCAAGUUUUGAAGGGAGGAAUAUGUUGGGAGGCAUUGUACAAGGCCCCAACCCCACAAAUAGAAGGGCCCCAAAGUAUCAUAUAUUUUAUUCGACUCAACAAAAAAAUUAUUUUUCAUAUAAAAAUUAGUUUUUUUUUU